AAACAUGUACUCAUCUUUGUUUUCAGCUGGAGAAAAUGUUUAGUCCUUCAUGGCAUACCAAACUGCUGUUGUUCCUCUUCAUAGCGCAAAUGUCUGCAAAAGAUGAGUUCAAGAAAGAUGAAGAUUUCACACGAGCUCUAGUCCCAACCUCAACUGCAUCUGCAGAAGAACUUGGUACUGAUAAUGUGGACCUUUCAUCUGAAAGCUCCACGUUGAAGUCGACAUCUCUACGUCUAUUUGACACCUUCCCAACGGUGCCUCCAUUUGAAGAUAAUGGAAACUUUACUGUCGAUUCAGCCGAGUUCCUGUUUAAUUGCUGCGAUUGCUGCCCGCCCAUACCAGGACAAAAGGGAGACCCGGGAGAGUCAGGAAAAGCAGGACCAUCAGGUGAAAAAGGAGAUCAAGGGGUAGAGGGCUUGCCUGGGGCUACAGGGUCACCUGGCAUAAAAGGUUCUGAGGGAGAAAGAGGACCUAAAGGAGACCGUGGUCUGGAUGGAUUUGAUGGGCUUCCAGGAUUUAUAGGAAAACCAGGGGAGAAAGGUGAGCAAGGAACAAAAGGCGAUAAAGGAAACAUUGGCUUCCCCGGAAUUAAAGGGGAUAAAGGAGACAAAGGAGGUCUCUGUGAAAACGGAACCAAAGGAGAUAAGGGGGACCAAGGUGAAGUGGGCAAAAUGGGGCUAACUGGAGAAAAAGGUGAGAAGGGUGGGAGAGGAGAUAUGGGAGAGAAAGGCGACUGUGGGGAUGAUGGCGAGAAGGGAAGUCGAGGAGAAGCUGGUUUACAAGGUGAGAAGGGUGACAAAGGAGAAAACGGGGAGCCGGGGACUGAUGGCAUGAAAGGAAACGAUGGAAUUGGUGGAGAGAAGGGAGAUCAGGGACUAAAGGGAGACAAAGGUGAGCGAGGAUUACAGGGGCUGAAAGGAUUAGUGGGACCAAAGGGAAGAGACGGUGGAAGAGGUCUGCGUGGGAGAAAAGGUGGUCCUGGACCAAAGGGUGCGCCAGGACAAAAGGGCAAGGAUACAAAGAUCACGCCAUCCGCAUUUAGUGUAGGAUUGUUGCCGAAUAAGUCCUUCCCUCCAGUCGGCACGCCAAUAAAAUUUGAGAAGAUUUUCUACAAUGACCAGGAUGCCUACAACCCAGAAACUGGAAAGUUUCACUGCAGUAUUGGUGGGGUUUACCUCUUUUCCUAUCAUUUGACGGUGAGAAGUAGGCCGAUAAGGGUUAGCCUGGUGAGAAAUGGCACUCGGGUCCUGAAGAGCAGAGAUGCAAUAUUUGGACAAGAUAUAGACCAGGCUUCUGGCAUGACAAUUCUCAAGUUGCAACCCAGCGAUGAGAUCUGGCUGAUGAUAACCCGGGAGUGGAAUGGUGUGUUUGCCAGCAACGAUGAUGAUAGCACAUUCACAGGAUUCAUUUUGUAUCAAGCCUAGACUAUA